GGAGGCAGAGAUUGGCCACGGCCGAAUGGCGGCAGCGCUGGAACGGGCGCUGGGCCCGGCUGGGCCGGAAGCGGACGCGUCCGUGCCGGAGGCGCCGCUGUUGGUGCUCGGCCCGGCGGGCUCGGGCCGCACGGCGCUGCUGCUGCGGGCGGCGUUGGCAGGAGGAGGGGACGGGCCCCGCGCUCUCUUCUUAGCGCCCAGCGCUCCCUCCCGACUCCCAGAGGGCGGCGGCGGUGACCCGAGGGCGCUGCAGCGCCUGGAGCUCCGCUACCCCCCCACCCUGGCAGCCCUGGCCCAGGAGUUGGGGGCAAUGGCGGCCCGAGCCCGGCCCCCCGGCUUGCUGCUGCUGGACGGGCUGGAGCACUACAUCCAGGGGGGGCCCAGCGCCCCCGCCCGCCUGGCCGCCCUGCUGCUGGAGGCCUCCCGCGCCCCCCGACCCCCGGCCCGGCUCCUGGCUGCCCUCCGUGUGCCCCCCCCCGGGCCCCGUGUGCUGCCCGUCCUGCGCCGUUACUUCCCGGCUGAGUGCCGUCUGAGACCCCUCCCCGGGGUCCCACUGCGGGUGAACGUCCGCCUCGUCCUGCCCGGAUCGGUGCCGCGGGGAUGGAGGCUGCGCUUCGAGCCCCACGGGGGGCUGAACGUCACCCCCGGGCCUGGGGACGGCGAUGGGGACGAGGAUGAGGACGGAGAUGGCAGUGGGGAUGAAGGCUGAGGGUGAGUCGGGUGGUGAUGUGCAGCCCUCGGGUGUUGUGGUGUCACUGAGCCUGGCUGGUGUGGAGCCCAGGUGAUGUGGAGCCCAGGUGACACGGGGACGUGGAGCUGCCCGGUGACACGG